UCUCUCUCUCUCUCUCUCUCUCUCUCUCUCUCUCUCUCUCUCUCUUAUUUUUCGUUUGUUUCUCGAGAAAAUAAAAACCCUCUCCCAUUUCUUUUUUCCAAUUUUAUCGAAGAAAACUCUUGAACUCAAACUCAAAUUCGAUCGACCAUGGCUGCCGCAAAACCUCAGAGGACUCCACAGGAAGUGGAGGACAUAAUCAUCCGCAAAAUCUUUCUCGUGUCGAUCACCGAUUCCGCCGCGACUAACGCCGAUUCCAGAAACGUCUAUUUGGAGCUCACAGCGGCGGAGAUUCUUAGCGAAGGCAAGGACCUCCGCCUCUCGCGCGAUUUGAUGGAGCGAGUCCUCAUUGAUCGACUAUCCGGCGACUUUCCCGGCGUCGGAGAAUCCCCGUUCCAGUACCUCACCGGUUGCUACCACCGCGCGCAUGAGGAGGCAAAGAAAAUCGCCAACAUGAAGGACAAAACCCUCAGGUCGGAGAUGGAGGCGGUGGUGAAACAGGCCAAGAAACUGUGCGUCUCAUACUGCAGGAUUCACCUCGGCAAUCCGGAGCUGUUUCAGAACCGGAAUCAAAGUUCCGGUUCGGGAACCGCGUCGCCUCUGCUGCCACUGAUAUUCGCGGAGGUUGGCGGUGGCAUCGACGCGUUCGGAGGUAGCAGUGGUGGCGGAGGGCCAAAGAGUCCACCGGGGUUUCUUGAGGAGUUCUUUAGGGACUCGGAUUUUGACAGCCUGGACCCAAUCUUGAAAGGACUGUAUGAGGAGCUGAGAGGAAGUGUGAUGAAGGUUUCUGCUCUUGGGAACUUUCAGGACUCUUUGAGGGCUUUGUUGUUCUUGGUGAGAUUCCCUGUUGGUGCAAAGUCACUUGUGAGCCACGAGUGGUGGAUUCCCAAAGGGGUUUAUAUGAAUGGCCGUGCCAUUGAGAUGACCAGCAUUUUGGGUCCCUUCUUUCACAUUAGUGCUCUUCCUGAUCAAACCUUUUUCAGGAGCCAGCCUGACGUUGGACAACAGUGCUUUUCUGAUGCAUCAACUCGACGACCAGCAGAUUUAUUAUCUUCAUUCUCGACUAUCAAAACUGUCAUGAAUAAUUUGUAUGAUGGCCUGUAUGAAGUUCUCUUCAUUCUCCUUAAGAGUAAAGAUACUCGUGAUAGUGUACUUGAGUAUCUCGCCGAGGUGAUCAAUAUAAAUGCAUCCAGGGCUCAUAUACAGGUUGACCCUAUAACUUGUGCAAGUUCAGGCAUGUUUGUAAAUCUCAGUGCUGUCAUGCUUCAUCUUUGUGAGCCAUUUUUGGAUGCAAAUUUAACCAAAAGGAAUAAAAUUGAUCCAAAAUAUGUACACUACUCCAACCGUUUGAAGCUAAGUGGGUUGACUGCUCUACAUGCAUCAUCGGAAGAAGUUACUGAAUGGCUUAAUAGCAAUAAACGGGCUAAUGGAAACAAUCAAAAUAAUGAUGGCCAGAAACGCUUGGAGCAAUCUCAAGAAGCAAGUAGUUCUGGUAGUAAUGCUGGUGAGCUUUCAAAUGAAAUUUCUGGACAUGGUGAAAAGACGGAAUAUCAUUUCAUUUGUGAAUGCUUCUUUAUGACUGCAAGAGUGCUCAACUUGGGCCUUUUAAAAGCAUUUUCUGAUUUCAAACACUUAGUUCAGGAUAUUUCUAGAUGUGAAGAUGCUCUUUCAACACUAAAAGCCAUGCAAGAGCAAUCUCCCACCCCCCAAUUGCAAUUGGAUAUAACUAGACUUGAGAAAGAAUUGGAAUCGUACUCACAGGAAAAGCUUUGUUAUGAAGCUCAAAUAUUGCGGGAUAACACGCUUAUUCAGAAUGCACUAUCCUUCUACCGUUUGAUGAUUGUUUGGUUGGUUAGCUUGGUUGGUGGAUUUAAGAUGCCUCUACCAUCGACUUGCCCAAUGGAAUUUGCCACUAUGCCUGAGCAUUUUGUAGAAGAUGCCAUGGAACUUCUAAUAUUUGCUUCCCGGAUUCCCAAGGCCUUGGAUGGAGUUGUGCUGGAUGAGUUUAUGAACUUCAUAAUUAUGUUUAUGGCUAGCCCUGAAUUCAUCAAAAACCCAUAUUUAAGAGCAAAGAUGGUCGAAGUCUUGAACUGUUGGAUGCCCCGUAGGAGCGGUUCAUCUGCCACAGCUACUUUAUUUGAAGGCCACCAACUGUCUCUGGAGUAUCUUGUGAGGAAUCUUCUAAAACUCUAUGUUGACAUUGAGUUCACCGGGUCUCACACGCAGUUCUAUGACAAAUUUAAUAUCCGCCAUAAUAUAGCCGAACUCCUUGAAUACCUGUGGCAGGUCCCUAGUCAUCGUAAUGCUUGGAGACAGAUUGCUAAGGAAGAGGAAAAGGGUGUUUAUCUGAAUUUCUUAAACUUCCUGAUUAAUGAUAGUAUUUAUCUUCUUGAUGAAAGUCUCAACAAAAUUCUUGAGCUAAAAGAGUUGGAGGCUGAAAUGUCAAAUACAGCUGAGUGGGAACGACGGCCACUUCAAGAGAGGCAGGAGAGGACACGGUUAUUCCAUUCUCAAGAAAAUAUUAUUCGGAUAGAUAUGAAGUUGGCAAAUGAAGAUGUGAGUAUGCUUGCAUUUACAUCAGAGCAGAUUACUGCUCCAUUCCUACUUCCAGAGAUGAUGCUCAAUUACUUUCUGCUGCAACUAGUGGGUCCCCAAAGAAAAUCCCUUAGUCUGAAAGAUCCUGAGAAAUAUGAAUUUCGGCCAAAGCAUUUGCUUAAACAGAUUGUGCACGUAUAUGUUCACCUGGCAAGAGGUGAUUCAAAUUCCAUCUUCCCAGCUGCCAUCUCCAAGGAUGGUCGAUCAUACAAUGAUCAGUUGUUUAGUGCUGCAGCAGAGGUUCUUCAUAUAAUAGGUGAGGAUGGGAGAAUCAUACAAGAAUUCAUUCAACUCGGUGCUAAGGCAAAAGUUGCAGCUUCUGAAGCCAUGGAUACUGAAGCUACCUUGGGAGAAAUUCCAGAUGAAUUCCUUGAUCCAAUUCAAUACACUUUAAUGAAGGAUCCUGUCAUCUUACCUUCUUCAAGAAUCGUAGUUGAUCGACCUGUCAUACAGAGGCACCUUCUUAGUGAUAGCUCCGACCCAUUCAACCGAUCCCAUCUUACCGCCGACAUGUUGAUUCCUGAUACUGAACUCAAAGCAAGAAUAGAGGAGUUUGUCAAGUCCCAGGAAAUGAAGAAACGUAGUGAAGGUAUAAGCAUACAGAGCACCAAGGACACGAUUCAGACAACAAAUGGGGAAAUGUUGAUCGACUAGGUAAAUAAAUAUUCAACUUUCAUAAAUUUCCGAUAAUGUAAGGUCGCCAGAUUGAUUACUAUGAUGUAUCUUAUUUCAUACAAGUUUUAGGUGUAUCCUAUUUGUAGGAAAUUGAAUCUUAUCGUUUCAAUGAGCUUCUUCGUAUAAUGGCAGCAUAGAGCUUCAAACUACAAGUUGCAGUGUGUGUUUGGUAUCUCAAACGUUUAGAUAAUAUUUGGUUAGAGUGGAUCGAGUUUUCUGUCUAA